AGCAGAGAGAGAGAGAGAGAGAGCGAAAGAAAUCGAGUAUUCGAGCGAGGACCUUCUGGAGUUGAGGAGGCGAUGGGUUCCAGUACUCCGUGGUCCCCUUCCCGAGUUCUGCUCGACAUCGGAGGGAAGAAAUACUCGACGACGAUCGAUACUCUCACUCAAAGAGAGCCGGAAUCGAUGCUUGCGGCGAUGUUUAGUGGAAGGCAUACAGUGUCGCAGGAUCCUGAGACGGGAUGGAAAAUAUUUUCGACAUAUAUUGAAUUGGUUGAGAGAUGGUGUGAUUCCUACUCUCGGAGAUUCGGAAUAUCAAGAAUUGUUGCGAGAAGCAGAAUACUAUCAGCUAAUUGUGAGCAUGAAGAAUGUGGGAGGAUUAUUAAGGGACUAGUUGAGCAUAUAAACAUAUGCAUGAGCAAGAAAAAGGAUGAGGACAGCUCGUUAGCCGAAUUAACACGUAAAGAUAUCAUCAAAUGCGUUCAAUCCGAUAAAAUCAGAUUCCGAGGGGUGAAUCUGUCUGGCCUCAAUCUUUCUAAACUUGAUCUUUCCUUUGUUGACUUCACAUAUGCAUAUCUUCAGAAAACCUCAUUUUUAAGCGCAAAUCUCCAGAAAGCAAAAUUUGGGGAUGUGGAAGCAGAUUCAUCUAUUUUUCAGGAUGCAAUCUUGCGUGAGUGCGAGUUCACUGGGGCAAAUCUUCAUGGAGCUAUAUUAGACAGGGCAAAUCUUCAGAGUGCAAAUCUACAAGAUGCAUGCUUGAUAGACUGCAGUUUAUGUGAAGCAGAUCUUCGUUCUGCGCAUUUGCAGAAUGCUAAGCUUACAGGUGCCAACCUCAGCGGAGCUAAUCUGGAAGGAGCUAAUUUGAAGGGUGCGAAGCUGAGUGGUGCAAAUUUGGAGUUUGCAAAUCUUCAGCGAGCUUACCUGAGGGAAGUUGAUUUACGUGAUACGAAAUUGUUGGGGGCUAAACUUGGUGGUGCAAAUCUACUGGGAGCCAUUAGAUGAUUGGUCUCCAUACUUCCAACAAUAUGCUGCCAGAGAGCACGAAAUCGAAGAUUGGAUCUUCUUACGCCCUCCAUUGUGCAUCUGUACAUCCUCUGAGGUUCUCUACUGUAAUGUACCUACAUGGGCAGCUUACUACUACCCGUCAUAAGCUGCAUUGUGACUGAAAGACUGUAUUUGAUGUUGCAUGUUGUGAAAAUUUUAGUCCACCAUUUGGGGAACUUUUUCGGUGACUCCUUGAUAAUGUGUUUAAAGAAUUGGCAUGUGAAGUCUUCACUUCUCUUGUCUGUGGCUACCAUGGGACGUGCCAAAUUGAAGAACUUAUGCUAACGAAAGGAGAACUUG